GAUUUCUGCAGGAUUGAUGAAGCCUCGUGUCACAAUGAGGCAGAAGUGCUUCGCUUUGAGGCCAUCAUGAGUAUUCAUGAACAGAUGGACGAUGAUGCAAAUGGCAAUGUUGAUGUGGAGGAGAGCGAUGAGUUUUUGCGGGAAGACCUGAAUUACCAGGACGCUGCGGCCAAGCACAGCACCUUCCACGCCGGCGACAAGCUGAUCAGUGUGGAGGACCUGUGGAAAUCAUGGAAAGCCUCCGAAGUGUAUAACUGGACAGGAGAAGAGGUGAUCGAGUGGCUUAUCGCCUAUGUGGAGCUCCCGCAGUACGAGGAGCAUUUCCGAAAGCUGCACAUCAGUGGCCAUGAUAUGCCCAGAUUGGCUGUGAAUAACAUCACUUUGGCGUGCUCACUGCUGAAAGUAAACGACCGCAGUCAUCGCCAGAAGCUGCACCUCAAGGCCCUGGACACCGUACUGUUCGGGCCGCCUCUGUUGACGCGACACAACCACUUGAAGGACUUUAUGCUGGUGGUGUCCAUCGUGAUUGGGGUGGGCGGAUGCUGGUUUGCAUACAUCCAGAACCGCUACUCCAAGGAGCAUAUGAAGAAAAUGAUGAAGGACCUGGAAGGGCUGCAGAAGGCAGAGCAGAGCCUACACGACCUCCAGGAGAGGCUGCUAAAGGCUCAGGAGGAACAUCGAUCUGUUGAAGUGGAGAAGGUGAAUCUGGAAGAGAAACUGAGAGACGAGAUCAGCACAGCCAAGCAGGAGGCCCACCGUCUACGAGAGCUGCGAGAAGGCACUGAGAACGAGCUGAGCCGACAGAAGUACGCGGAGGAGGAGCUGGAGCAGGUCCGCAUGGCCCUGAAGAAAGCUGAGAAGGAGUUGGAGUCCCGUGGGACAUGGUCCCCACCGGAUACUCUGCAGAAGUGGCUGCAGCUGACACACGAAGUGGAGGUUCAGUACUACAACAUCAAAAAGCAGAGCGCCGAGAGACAGCUCAAUGUCGCCAAGGAGGGGGCAGAGAAGAUAAAGAAGAAAAGGAACACGCUAUUUGGGACGUUUCAAGUGGCUCAUAGCUCCUCACUGGACGAUGU